UUUCGUAAUUCACUCGGUGUUUAAAACCAGCUGGCAUCGGAGUUUCCGCGUGUUGGUACCGACAGUGAUAGUGGUCGUAUAACUAUUAUUAAAUCAAAUAUGGAACGUUGGUCAGGCAAGAUAGCGAUUGUCACCGGGGCCAGCUCUGGCAUCGGUGCGGCGCUUAGCUUACGACUCGCCAACCACGGUAUGACGGUUGUGGGACUGGCUCGCAGGACUCAUCUAAUUGAUGAACUAGCGUCAAAAGUUACGGGAAAGGGCAGCAUUGUUACCAAACGUUGUGACAUUUCGAAGCCUGAGGAAAUCGCGGAGGCUUUUCAUUGGGUGGAGCAGAAGUUCGGAGGGCCACACGUACUCGUUAACAAUGCUGGUUUUUUGAGAAAAGGCUGUAUCACAGAUGCUGGCGAAAAAACAUUGAGCGACGACGCCAUUUUGUCCACCCUCGAUGUUAACCUUAAAGGCAUGAUCAUGUGCACGAGGAAGGGCGUUUCCUCCAUGAGGAAGAGAAAUUUCUACGGACAUAUUAUAAACGUUAAUAGUAUAGCAGGACAUUACGUGCCGUUUCAAACGAGUUUGAACGUGUACACGAGCACCAAGCACGCUGUCACCGCCUUUACGACAGCGCUUAAUACGGAGCUGGCUGAGUUCAACAGUCAAAUCAAAGUGGCGAGUGUUUCACCUGGACUAGUGAAAACAGAAAUGGUCACCGAAUUCAAAAACGACAUGCCGAUUCUAGAACCGGAGGCAGUGGCUGAUGCUAUACUUUAUAUUCUCUCCACACCCCCCAAUGUAAAUAUAACGGAAUUGACGAUCGAGCCAAUAUUAGAAAGAAGAUUAUAAUUUUAUUAUAUUUUAUUAUAUGGCACAAGAAUGAAUUUAACCUGAAGAAGAGGAAAACACUGAUGAUGAUGCCAUUCCAAGUAUUGAUGUUAUAAAUUGUAGUAGAGCUUGUACGAUAGUCAGCUUCAGUGUCCAAAACGGUGAUGGGGCAUGUUCAUCGGUGGAAUCUGGACUACUCUGUAAAAUAAACAAUGAAAAUAGUAAAUGUGUAUUUCUU